AUGUUUUUAAUACCCGAAAAGAACCGGGCAGCAUGGAGUUCAUUUAUAAUAUAUUCUUGGUUUGUAUUUGCUAAACCUAAUGAUAAAUUUUGUAAUUGCUUGCUUUCUAACCUACGAAUUGAAAAUGCUUCAGUUGAAAUAUUUCAGACUAUGAAAAAUUGCACUGACGCAGAAGUGCAAAGUUGUCUAAAGAAGGAGUCGGGACAAAAAAAUGAAAGUAAUAAUGUUGUAUACUUACCGUCAUCAAUUUUGGAUGAAUUUAAAGCGAAAAAAAAGAAUUUAAAGCAGAUUCAAGCUGAAGUAGAAUGGAAAGGUACCAAGUUACCUGUUGAUCAUGAACACUGUGGGACGGGAAAAAGCAUGGUCAAAGCUUUGUUUGGCAGUGAAAGAACAAUUUGUGAAGAGCGUGGUGGAAGACCUAGCUGUAUUUCACAAGUGAACGAUAUAAUACUGAAGGAAGAAUCAUGUAGCAGCAACCCCAAGCGUUCAAAACCUGGGACAAGACGAAGGAAAGCGCGAGUUUCUGCGUGUAGGAAUAUAAAAGUCAGGAAAGAGACUAAAAAACGGUCUACUUUACGAAGAAGCUCGAAUACAAAAACUGAACCUGAACCAUCUAAACUGAAUUUUGAUAAAGAAAGUGCUGCAGAAAUCCGUGACUCGCUGGAAAAUUGUAAAUGCUCUCCAAUUCGUUCAAAUUUUCUUCAUCAGUCUCUGUUUUCGGAAGAAAGUCAUAUUCUAUCUCGGCAGCAACCAUUUUUGAGCUCAACGCCACUUUCCAAGGCUGAAAAAAGAGCUGCUGCCCAAGUUAAUGAAAAUAAAAAUAAUACAUCUGAAGUAGAAAAAGGAAAUGAGGUAGCACUCAGAGGAGAAAAAGGAAUUGAUUCAGCCAACAAAGCAAAAGUUGGUAAAAUCAAAAGAUGUGGUGUUCGCAAAACGAAAGUAUCUAAACAAACUGCCAAUUUAGGAAUCGAACUGAAAACGAGUGGCGUAGCAACACGACUUCGCUCGCGUCAGAAGUUGACUUUGUCUUCUGUACCGGUGGCUUUGAAAUCUCGUAACAGAUAG